CUUUUCUUUUCUUUUCUUUUCUUUUCUUCCUCUCCUCUUUCUUUUUCUUUUAUUUUAUUUUCUUUCGUCUUCCCACGCCAUCUCUCGUCGCCUCCAUUUCUCUCUCCCAAAACCCUAACCCUCUCUUCUAUAACCCUCUCAUCUUCCAUCUCCCUCGACCUCAUCACACACCACCACCAUCCCUCCACCAUCCCUCCAUCUACCCACCGCCGUCGCUCUCUGUUAAAGGCCGUAACCUCACCAUCUCCGGCCGAACUCAAGGCCGAAACCUCUGUCGUGUGUUUCUCUCUCCUUCGCUGCUCUUCUCUCAUCUCUCGGGCUUCUCUUCCCCAUCCUCUCUUGAUAGUCCCUGCCCAGCGGUCAGGCCAGUUAAUUUAAACCCAUGAUCAUCCUAUAAUAGAAAUUCGGCCCAAAAUUUGGUAUUCUCCAAAACAACUCAUCAGAGACAUUGAGGUAUGUCAUGCCCUUAUUCUGCCAAAAACAAAAACAAAGAUUUAACAGCCAAAAACAAAAACAAAAAUUAGGUUAAAAAAAAAACAAAAAAGAAAAAGAGAAGGAAACAUCACCUGACAAAAUUUGCAGUGUUUCACGUGCUCGUAAGUAUUAAGAUUAAAGCUGAAAACCCGAUGUGGCCUAGAAUAUUGUUCCACACCCUCGUAAUAUUUUACGUCUAUAUAGCUGCAGCAUAAGCCCACACACUUUAAUGGGGUUUCUAUUUGAAGAAUGUCAUUAUGCCAACCACUCAUAUCAAUGAGAGAAUCCUCCAAAUCCUUUUCCAUGUAGCAUAGAUAAUACUCUAGGUCUGGAAAGUCAUUAAACUUACGAAUCAUAUUGUAUCGAUCUUUACUAUUAUGAAAAAUAGGACAGUUUUUAACAGAAGACUAUAGUUCUUUAAGCUCGGCAACUGUGUUGUCUUCAAAAUCAUUUUCUUAAACAGUGUAAUACAAUUGCGAUACAACUCACAAGUAUUUUUCUCAAUCUCCUUCCAUUUGGCUCAUUGCAUCAGUGGCAUUUUGGACCAACUUCAACAAAUCAGUGAUGUCACCCCGCAAAGCGUCCAAAGGAUCUGCUUUGUGGACUGGCCUAAACAGUUUGAUAUCUCCGGAAUCUAAUACGGUUACCCCGUCCAAGAGAUUACCAUAAUAACCAUCUACCUCUAUAAAAUUGUCCGAGCCAUUUAUUAUUCCUCUGCAAGUCAAAGAAAAUUAGAUUAUGGAUGGACACUUUUGUAACUAAACUGGUGAGUCACAUAGACAAAAAGUGAAUAAAGAAAUGGUUUAAUUACUUAAAUGCUUUCACUAGUAAGACCUUGAAGAGAGAUAAAAUAAACACUUACUUGAAAGCUUUGCAAAAACGAUCUCCGGGCCCAAUGUAUAACCCUGUCUUGGGGUCUUCAAGGAAGAGAUCUGGGGAACCAUUACAAAGCCAGGUAGAAAAUGGUCGGCCAAGUUUCUCAAUCAAAAGACUACGCAACACCUUUCUACUUGAUUUUGAUUCAGAAUUGAGUGUCUCAAUUUCCAGACCUGUCUCCUCAUGACUAUAAUAUACCUUGGAAAGGACUUUAUUUGCAUACUUCCUUAACUUUGUUUGCAAUACGUCUUCCCUAGGAAUAAUCAUGCUAUGAAUAACUGAGAUAUCAACAAGGUGUUAUUCUGAAUUCUGUAAGUUUGCAGUUCCAUUUGUGGCAUCCCUAUAGUAUGAUGACCUUUCAGUUUCUUUCCAAUAAACUUUCCUGUCCUUACCCUGGGAAAAUUUGUCUGUGACGUAAUAGGAAAUUAAAAAAAAGAAAAGAAAAAAAGGGGAAGAAGUAGAUAAAACUACAUAUUUAAUACCAUUUUCCAUAUUAUAAUUUGUCGCGCUGUCCUGCCAUUCUCGACAUCAUCCUACUGUCAUUGACAUCGAUCUGGUCCGACGUCGUCCCGCUGUCCCGCCGUCCUCCGUCAUCGACAUCGGUCUGCAGUCGACAUCAGUACGGCUUCUCUUCCCCAUCCUCUCUUCUUCGUGUCCGGCUAGCCAAAUUAUAAUCUGGAAAAUGGUAUUCAAUAUACAAAUUUUCCCAGGGUAAGGAGAAGGGAAAGUUUAUUGGACAGAAACUAAAAGGUCAUCAUACUAUAGGGAUGCCGCAAAUGGAACUGCAGACUUAUAGAAUUCAGAACAACACCUUGUUGAUAUCUUAGUUAUUCAUAGCAUGAUUAUUCCUGGGGAAGACGUUUUGCUAACAAAGUUAAGGAGUAUGCAAAUAAAUUCAUUUCCAAGGUAUAUUAUAGUCACGAGGAGACAAGUCUGGAAAUUGAGAUGCUGAAUUCUGAAUCAAAAUCAAAUAGAAAGGUGUUGCGUAGUCUUUUGAUUGAGAAACUUGGCCGACCAUUUUCUACCUGGCUUUGUAAUGGUCCCCCGGAUCUCUUCUUUGAAGUCCCCAAGACAGGGUUAUGCAUUGGGCCGAGAGAUCGUUUUUGCAAAGCUUUCAAAGGAAUAAUAAAUGGCUUGGAUAAAUUUAUAGAGGUAGAUGGUUAUUACGGUAAUCUCUUAGACAGGGUUACCGUCCUAGAUUUUGGAGAUAUCAAACUGUUUAGGCCAGUCCACAAAGCAGAUCCUUUGGAUGCUUUGCGGCGUGAAAUCACUGAUUUGUUGAAGUUGGUCCAAAAUGCCGCUGAUGCAAUGAGCCAAAUGGAAGAGAUUGAGAAAAAUACUUACAUGGAGUAUUAUCUAUGCUACAUGGAAAAGGAUUUGGAGGAUUCUCCCGCUGAUACGAGUGGUUGGCAUAAUGACAUUCUUCAAAUAGAAUUAAAGUGUGUGGGCUUAUGCUGCAGCUAUAAAGACGUAAAAUAUUAUGAGGGUGUGGAACAAUAUUCUAGGCCGCAUAGGGUUUUCAGCUUUAAUCUUAAUGCUUAUGAGCACGUGAAACACUGCAAAUUUUGUCAGAAUAAGGGUAUGACAUACCUCAAUGUCUCUGAUGAGUUGUUUUGGAGAAUACCAAAUUUUGGGCCGAAUUUCUAUUAUAGGAUGAUCAUGGGGUUUUACACUAACUGGCAUGACCGCUGGGGCAGGGACUAUCGGGCAGAUCUAAUUUUUCACAUGAAGGGGGCACCGUAUCCUUCCAAUUAGCUUGGAAAGAUCUUGGAAUCCAAGGGUGGAAGACAAGGCGAUGAAGAGCAUGUAUGAUUUGGGGAUAGCAACUUUCAACUAUUCAGAAUUAUCUGUAAAAAAGAUAAUCUUAUUUCCAUUUUGGUGCAAGAAUUAGGUUUGAUGUAGCGUUGAUGUUUUGCAAAUUGAAAUUGUUAAAGAUUAAAAUUAUUUUAUAGAAUGUAUGGAUGGGGUAAGCUUGUGGCUCUGCAUUGUUCCAA